GAUGGACAGUAAAAACCAAGACCAAUUUCAGUAUCCACAAACCAAUUUGGUUCCUUGGCAAGUGCUAUCACCAGAGACCUGAAGAUCCAGACCCAGAACGACCACCAGGAAUGGAUUCCGUCCGCUCCAUGGUGAUCGAGAUGUUCAAGCAAGACUUCAGCUCCCGUCUGUGGAUGACCUACCGUAGGGAAUUCCCCACCCUAGCGGGGUCUAGCUUUACCAGUGAUUGUGGGUGGGGCUGUAUGCUGAGAAGCGGUCAGAUGCUACUUGCCCAUAGUCUUAUACUACAUUUUCUAGGCAGGGAAUGGAACAUAUACAAACCACAAACUCAAGAGAUGCUCCAGUUCCAUCGUCAGAUUGUCCGUUGGUUUGGUGACCAGCCGCUGGACAUGAGUCCUUUCUCUGUCCAUCGGUUGGUGGGUAUCGGUCAGACUAACGGGAAGAAGGUCGGUGACUGGUACGGUCCUUCAUCAGUUGCGCACAUCUUGAGAGAAGCUAUGGAUUCUGCUGAUGAACUCAACCCACUUCUAGGAGAAGUCUGUAUCUAUGUGGCACAGGACUGCACAGUAUACAAGCAGGAUGUGAUUGAUCUGUGCAGAAGUAAAUCCAAAAAGAGACUGCAACCCGUGUACAGAGACAUACCAUCAUCAGAGGAUAGUUCCCCUGUACGUUGUAAAACCAGUCCAAACAAGGUCCCAACGUACAUCCCUGGGGUACACCAUGAACAUUUACAAGGGAGCAUUCCACGUGUCACCAAAGAUCAAAGGCAGAGUACUUCAAGUCUGGAUAUGGGGACCAGGGUUGGGUCAAGGUUGGCCAAAAGUCAUGAGAGGGUGUUAAGCAUGUACUCCGGACCAGGUAGGAGUGAGACAUCAUCGAGGUCUAGUUCCAAUGGAUACAAUUCACACAGCAAUGUCACAAGUACUAGCAGUCUAAAGGAUGUACCAAGUCCUGAAGGCCCAAAUGUGCAUAGACUAGAUGCCAAAAGUAGUUUAAACGGCCAAGGAUACAGCACUAGCUUACCCGCGAGGACAGGUGUAGGUCUUUGUCCAGAUCUCUCAAAGACUAGUAGUGAUGACAGAUUGAGUAUGGAAGAUGGAUUUGUUCCUAAUAUUUGUACUGCCAGUGACCUGAAAGAAGAUGAGAGAACAAAAGAUUCUGCUCAAGCUAGUGUUGAGAUGAAGGAUGUGUCAGAAAUAUCAAACAUUGAGGACGAGGAUGUCUUUGGUUCAAGUGAAGAGGAAGUGAGGACUAGAACUCCAAAUUAUCUUUAUGCAAGCUCUCCUCUCUCACAUCAAUCAACGUCAGACAGUUCCUCAAGAUCAGAAACUUCUUCCGAUGAAAGUGUCCCCAAAAGUUUGCAUCCCCAACCACCCCCAAACCCCACAGGUAUGGACCCUAAGAGCAAUGUUACCUGUGAUGAUGUAUCCGUUGGAGAUGUAGGUGAGCCUCCUGUCCAACCGUCCAGGUCAAGGACUAGCACAUCAGCAGAGGGCGACAAACCUUGGUGUGCGGUCAUUAUCCUGAUUCCAGUGAGGUUAGGUGGUGAUGAGGUGAACCCUGUUUACAUCAGACCAAUCCAAUCACUAUUUACACUUGAGAGCUGCCUAGGUAUCAUCGGUGGAAAACCAAAACAUUCACUUUACUUUGUUGGUUUUCAAGAGGAGAAGUUAAUUCAUCUGGACCCUCAUUAUUGUCAGCAGGUGGUGGAUAUGAAGACUAGGGACUUCCCCUUAUGGUCCUUCCAUUGCAUGUCACCGCGUAAGAUGAGCAUCUCUAAGAUGGAUCCUAGCUGUACCAUUGGUUUCUAUAUCAGGACGGAGGAACAGUUUGAACAACUAUGCAGAGAACUUCCAACGGUUGUAUCACCCCUCGGCUCUCAUGCUAGUGACUACCCCAUGUUUAUUGUUAGAGAUGGACGUUGCGGGGACUGGCAGAACAGGAACACCAACACUAACCGGCCCGAGAGAUACCUUAGGGUGCGUCAUGUUGAUGAGAAUGGGAGACUCAUCGCCCCCGUCAAGGAAUCUGAAGACUUUGUCCUUUUAGAUAGCUAGGGGUUAUACCCAAGAUUAAUUAGACCACAAGGCAGGAAGAGAGUCAGAACAAGAAUAUCAACACCAAGAAAGUAGAAAGAUGUAUGUACCUCAGGGUGCGUCACGCUGAUGAGAAUGGGAGACUCAUCAAGGAAUCUGAAGACUUUGUCUUGUUAAAGAGCCAGAGGUUAUGCCUAAGAUUACUAAGAACACAAGGGAUUGUAUUGGGUAUAAUCAAAUCAAGAACAUCAAGACCAAAAGACCUGACAGAUACUUUAGGGUGUGUCACGUUGAUGAGAAUAGAAAAAGACUCAUCGACACAGUCAAGGAAUCUGAAGACUUUGUCCUUUUAGAUAGCUAGGGGUUAUACCCAAGAAUAAUAAGAUGACAAGGCAUGAAGAGAGUCAGAACAAGAAUAUCAACACCAAAAGAGUGGAAAGAUGUAUAAACCUCAGGGUACGUCAUGUUGAUGAGAGUAGAAGACUUAUCGCCCCUGUCAAGGAAUCUGAAGACUUUGUUCUGUUAGAUAGCUAGAGGCUCUGCCUAAGAUUAGUAAGAUCAUAAAGAACUAGUGUGUGUACAAUAGAACAAGAACAUCUCUUGGAUUGCUAGUGAUGCUGCCGUAGAGGACUUCAAGCCUAUAAUGAAAUCUGAGGACUAAACCGUUCUUGGAAUCGGCUGAAUGUGAUGAGGCAAACCCAAAACAACCAGAUAAUUACAGGCUGUGUCUUGUCAAUGCAAAUGAAUGGCUUCCUAGGGAGGCUUCAGGUUUGGUACUGUAAGCUGAGAUUGGUGUUCAGGCAAAGCCCAGGGUGUUAAUUCACAGAAGUCCAAAAUACAUAUCUGUCCCAAUUAGAAGAGUGUUGAAUUGAAAAUUCCACCACUUUAGAAUCUGUCGUCUAAUGAGGGUUUUUUUUCAUCAUCAGCUGGUAAUCAUUCCUUAUCUAUCUGGUGUUAGCGCCAAAAUAGAAUGGUGUAACACUUUCCUGAUGUGGACAGCUGGAUAUUUCAAGUUGUUGUUGUAUUAUCACUCUAUUUUGUUUUUGACAGUGUACACUACCAGGGGUGUGAGAGUUAAACUUUUAUCUUAUUUCACCCAUUUUUUUCUUUUCCUUUUCCGCUUAAUUUCAGCUUAUUCUAGCUUUCCUCUUUGUGAAAGUAUGGGAGAUCUGUCAAUUUCAGCUACUUUUCAACGCUCAUAGGCUUUUUUCAGCUCUUUUUAUCUUUCUGAUCUGUGAUCUCUCACACCCACGCAAUACACAAGCACCACCUACAACACCUAACUUGAAAUAAAUUUAGUGUUUGUAUUAACUCUCAAAACGGUCAUGUUCAUGGCACCAAGUUGAUUUGAAGAAAAGAGAAAAAUCAUACAGGUAUUAAUUUUUUUUUUAACCCAUCAAAAUCAAUUAAUAGAAGAAAGGGUAUUUUUCAGUUUUUGCUGAGUUUCAUAAAAAGUUAAAUGCAACAAUGGCAAUAUGUAAAUGAAGGAACUGAUGACAUCACUUACACCCAUUGGUCCAAAUUCAUAAAAGUAGCUUUGAACUCUUGGUCAGCUGCCAACGUAUAAGUCUCUAUUUUUUUCAUUAUCAGUUUCCUGUACACACAACAUUGUUCUUAAUUUUUAAAGAUUAUUUUGCUAAAGUUGUACAAAAUGUGUUUUUAAUGAUCUGUUCAUUUAAUAGUCCUUGUUUGGUCAAGACAAUAUAUUUUUAAUUAGUUGUAGAAAGUACUACUAGGCCAAAAUUGUAUACUUAUUGGUUUUACUGUAGUUUUUAAUUUGGAUAUUUUCAUAUUGUCCUUAAUUUUCCUGAGGUGGCAGUAUUUUACAAGGACACAUUUUCAUGAGAUCUCAGGCAUUAUGUCUGCUGCUAUUUUCCACUGCCAUGCUAUGUACUUACAUA